AUGGAGGACUCUGGUAUAAAGAAGCAGAAUUGGGACGUAAAGGAGACGGAAUUGUUCCUUGAAAUCCUAAAAGAGCUGGACAUGAAGAAGUGCUUGGACGGGAGGAAAGUGAGGAAUAACAAGCUGUUCAAGGUGGCUCACAGGAGAAUGACAGCGGCCGGUUAUCACAGAUCUGUAGACCAGUUAAAGUUCCGGUGGAAACUUCUAAAAAGUGCGUAUUACAAGUGCAAGCGGGAGCCCCACUCUCCGGCCCAGACCAAAAUACAGGGCUGGUGGCGUUAUGAGAAAACUAUGAUCGCGAUCAUGGAGUCUAGACACCCGCUGGUCGGUGCUGUGGUCAGCUCCGACAGAAACGAUGAGCACACAGAGGACUCUGACGGGGAGGCAUCGAUGCUGCCCUGGCCGCAGCGCUGUUCGGACACUACCACUCACAACCUGGAUGUAAUUGUAGGGAUCAAAAUGGACCCCGAGAUGGACUCGCAGCUGAGGAUCGGCUUCAUUGGUGCAGGGAACAUGGCAUUCGGCAUCGCGAAAGGCAUAUUAUCCGGAAACGUCCUGUCUGUAAACCUGAAAGUGAGUGCUCCGUCCUCCAGAAAUCUAGCUCGCUUUCAGGAGCUUGGCAUAGCUGUGACUCACUCCAACGUAGAGGUGGUGUGUGGGUCAGACGUGGUCUUUGUGGCGGUCAAACCUCACCUGGUUCCCCUGGUGGUGUCGGAGAUCUCGCAGCACGUCACAGACAGACACACGGUGGUGUCGGUGGCAGCGGGAGUCACGCUGGCCACGCUGGAGGAGCUGCUCCCUGCGCGAUCGGCCGUGAUCCGGCUGAUGCCAAACCUGCCGUGUGUGGUUCAGGAGGGGGCCCUGCUCUUCGCGCGGGGGGCCCACGCCAAGCAGGAGGACGGCGCGCUCCUCCGCUCCCUGCUGCAGCACUGUGGGCUGGUGGAGGAGGGGCCUGAGGCCUGGAUCGACAUCCACACCGGCCUGAGUGGGAGCGGAGUGGCUUUUGUGUACCUUUUUGCAGAAGCACUGGCUGAGGGGGCAGUUAAGAUGGGCAUGCCCAGUGCUCUGGCCCACAGGAUCGCAUCCCAGACCGUCCUGGGGGCUGGGAGGUUGCUGCAGGAUUCUGGGAAGCAUCCCGCUCAGCUUCGCUCUGAGGUCUGCACCCCCGGUGGAACCACCAUCUACGGGCUUCACACGCUGGAGCAGGGCGGCCUGAGGGCGGCGACCAUGAGCGCCGUGGAGUCGGCCACCGAGAGAGCCCGGGAGCUGGGCAGGAAGUCAGCGGUAGGCAGCAGGAAGUGA